AUGGGCCUCUUUUCGCGAUCGUUCAAUCCUGACAUCGACUUGCCGGAUUUGAAGGGCAAAGUUAUCGCUGUCACAGGAGGCAGCUCGGGCAUUGGAUAUGCGACUGUGCAGCAUUUGGCCCGGCACGGCGCCAAGGUAUACAUGGCCGCGCGCAACGAGGAGAAGUCCAAGGCUGCGAUAGCUCGGCUGCAGACCGAAGGUCUAGCACCGGGGAACGGCGAAAUUGUUUGGCUAGAUCUUGAGCUGAGCGAUCCGCGUAACGCGAAGAGGGCUGCAGAACAGCUCAUAGCAAAGGAACAAAGAUUAGACGUUUUAAUCAAUAACGCGGCCAUGCCUCGUGGCCCGUAUGCUCUGACAAGCGAGGGGAUACAAGAUGUCAUGGCUAUAAAUCACGUCAGUCCGUUCGUCUUUACCAAUACUCUGCUACCGUUAUUGUACCGAACGGCGAAGGAACCUAACAGCGACGUGCGCAUCGUCAAUGUUGCCUCAGACGGUAUCAUGUUCUUGAAGCGAGGCGUUCGCUUCCGUAAUCUCGGCGACUUCAAUGACGAGCAUGCGCAUGAUCUAUCGCCGGGUCUAUCCAGAUAUUUCCGGAGUAAGAUUGCCAACGUUCUGUUCACUCAGAAGCUGCAGAAGCGGCUUGACGCCGACGGUGUGCCCAUAAUCGCCAUGGCACUUAACCCAGGGACCGUACGGACAGAGGGCUUGCGGAACGAUGCCGCACACCUUCCCCCAGUAGUCUCGACGCUGUUCUCUUUGCUCGUGGACGUCGCCUGGGCGACCCCGUCGAAGGGCGCGUACACUUCCGUCUUUGCCGCCGCCGCGCCGGCUGUUCGUGCCCAACCAGACGUUUACAAGGACGCGUACCUCGAGCCACCGGGGAAGCUAGGCUCGCCGCCGAACCAGGAUGCGAAGAGCCCAGAAUUGGCGGAGGAGCUGUGGAAUACCACGGUGGAGAUCCUGAGCAACCUCGGGAUCGUAAUUUGA